CCAAUUCAGUCUCCCAGACUACUAGUCUAGUAGGUAACGUUUUCUAUCGACUGGAAUCUUCCGUGUAGAGUGGCCUGAGUUGAUCUCUCAGAGUCGAACAUAUGAGCGACGAUUUCGAGUUCUCCGAUAAGACUGCUGAAACCAAAGGCUUCAACCCGGGAUUGAUUGUGUUGCUAGUUGUUGGGGGGCUUCUACUUGCGUUCUUUGUGGGGAAUUAUGUCUUGUACUUGCAAGCGCAGAAGAUCCUACCUCCAAGAAAGAAGAAGCCAAUCUCUAAGAAGAAGAUGAAGAAGGAGAAACUGAAGCAAGGUGUAUCAGCACCAGGGGAGUAGAAAUACAGUCCUUGUUUUCACUGUUAAACUGUUCUGCCAAAAAUUUAUGUCCGUGUUUGAAAUCUAUAGAAUCGCCCUUGUUGUCUCUGAUGUUGACUGUUGAGUUUGUACUGGCUAGAACAUUAGUCUCACAAGUAGAAGUGAAAUCCCAUACUAAGGCAGAAGGUAUAAUGCCAGUUUGUUUCUCGACAUUUGCAUAUUGUCAGCUCAUCUUUAAGAAUGCUGCCUCAUUUGAUUGCUUCCCUAAACAUCUAAAGUCGGGUGUUUGAAAAUUCAAACAGAUGGGGAAGCAACCAAAUGAAUCAACAUUUUCUACUGCUUGCUGAUUUAGUAACUCAACCAUGGAAGAUAUCAGUGGAUGAUGCCAUGUUUUGCAGGAGCGGAAAUACCGCGCGGCAAGGUCGUUUAGUUCUAUUGCAGGUUGUAUCUAUUUGUACAAUGGUUACUUGGUCACUGAGCUACCCAAUUUGGAUUAUCCAUUUGAAAGUUAGAUUCUGCUUAAUAUGUAUUUAAUAGGAAAACUGAUGAUCUGUAUAUCAUCUAUUAAUCGUAUGAUUACUAGAUUGCCUGUA